GAUUGACUUUGAUUACAAUGUGAAAAUUUUUUCUUUAUUAUUGGAGUAUAAGGCAGGAAAAAUCAUGUUAAUGUGGAAGCUUCUGUGUGUCUGAAUUUGAUCUACAGUCCCAUGUAUAUGGUACAGUGAUGUUGAUCAAGAACUCUUCUUCUUGUUUAUAAACACUGAAGGUGACCUUCAAAUUCAUUGCACUUUCCUACAUUUGAAUUUGACUACUGCAUGUAACAACCAUUGUUCACCUUAUAUUGUACUGAACAAGGUUAGUUGAGAGUGAAAGCCUACUUAAUCGCAUUCCAAUAUAAUAAGCUAAGGCUUUUUAUUCUGAACAAUGGCUGGUCUAGUGUUCAAUUUCAAUGAACUCUAGACAAACUGCAGCUGUAACAUGCCAAGUGAUUAAAGUCCUCUCCCACAGAAUGAAGAGUUCCUAAAUAUUCUUGAUUCCGCCGUCAGUAGAGCUGUUGAUAAAAAAAAUGUCAAAAAAUGAGUUAAUUGAGCGCUUGGACAAAAUGCAGAGCUCCAUCUAUGAUCUGCAAACAGAUAUGGAUAACAAGAAUAGAGAAAUUCAGAAUCUAACAAAAUUAACACAACACAAAAAUCCAAAAUCGAAAUGCUUGAUCGAAGUAUAAACAAUCUGGAACAAUAUUCUCGUAGGUCAUGUAUCAGGAUCCUAGGGGAAAAUGAAACAAAUGGUGAAAAUACUGACACUGUUGUGUCUGACAUUUGCCAGUCUAAACUGGGAGUACAUGUUGACAUAAGCAAAGACAUCGAUAGAUCGCAUGGAACAGGGAGAUUAAGGUCCCAGUCCUCAGACAAUCCAUUGCCACCACGCCCAAUUAUCGUCAAAUUGACUUCCCAUAGGAAAGGAAAGAAAUUCUGCAAAAAGGAAAACUCUUGAAGGGAUCGGGUAUCAUCAUCGUAGAAGAUCUUACUGCAAGAAAUCAAAAAAUUGUUGAAGAAAACACGUGAACACAGAAAAGUUGUUCAGUGUUGGUCAUCAGAUGGCCGUAUCAUCGCCCUGCUACCAGCCCAAGGAGGGAAGACCAUGACUAAGCUGAUUACCUGCGAAGAAACUAUAAACAUAUCAAACUGAAUGUAAACAAAUGAAAAGAAAAUACAUGCAUGAAUCAAACACUUCCAACUGAAUCAUACACAUGGGAAAUGCAUUAUUUGCAUGUACCCUGGUGGACUCUUAUAUGUCGACUGCUAUUGAACUGAUUCUGAACGUUUUUCACACUUCCAUGCAUUUUUCACGAGAUUGCUCUGUUAUUACAAAGAUGGAUUUUAUAUGUUGUGAUAUGGUUUUUUUUAUAAUGUUGUAUCUUUCUUCAUUUCCUCUCAUUUGUCAAGUUCUUCUUCUCUGUCUUUCCUCUCUUCUAAUACUUGGCUUGUUUCAAAACUUUACUCGUACAUGUCUCUGUCAGUAAUUAACUGUGAUUCCUCUCCAGUAAAUCUUGAUAAUCAUUGGGUAAAAUGUUCAAUUUGUAGCAUUACAGAAAACAUUUAUAAUUUGAAACAGGAUUUGCUUAGCUUUAGAAAUGAUGUAACAAACAAUAACUUUUUAUGUAAUAAAUGCUUAAGUGAAAUUUUUCCUUUUAAUAAUAUUAAUGAUGAAAAAUUCUAUGAUACUUGCCACAUGUCUCUUAAUGACCGUGGAAAUACGUUUUCAGAUUCAUUCCUACAUGAAAUUAUUAAUAAUGGCACACCAAAGUUAUCUUUGAAUAAUGAUGAGCCUUUUGAUCCUAUUAAUCUGUCAAACCAGUAUUUUACUGUAAAAAAAAUAAUGAAAAUAACGGAUCAUUGGGUAAAACUUAUUCUAUCAUACAUCUCAAUUGCAGAAGUCUUAAUACAAAUUUUGAAAAUUUAGCAAAGCAGUGCCCGUCUGGACAGAGUUACUCCGACCUUCCUCGACCAAGAUACCCCUACUGAAGUCCAGGAAUUUCGUAGUCGGAGGAUCAAGGGUUAGCUGUUUCAGGUACAUGACAAGAAAGACAAAUUAACAAAAUGUCAGGCAUGAGGAGAUUGCAGACUCUUUUGCACCAUACUUCCAAGUUAAAUUCUUUCGCUAGUCAAUCUGUACAUCAGGCAAAGACAACCUCCCCAUUAGACAGGAUGUUUAGCUCAAAGCAUGGUCCUGCUCUUCAAGUCCAUCCUAGGAUUGGUUUUGCAGAUGACCAGCUUGAUGUGAGGGCCACUGGAUUACUUCCAGGUCAACUUGUAAAGCUACAGGCAGAAGUAGAGUCAGAAUGCCAAAGGUUCAAGUUUCGAUCAGAGGCUAUGUUUCAAGCGGAUGCCAAAGGUCAAGUCAUAGUCAGUGAGCAUGCAUCUCUUGGGGGAACCUAUGAAGGUGUGGAGCCUAUGGGCCUAAUCUGGAGCUGUAAACCUGUACCAGAAGUAGCUCAUCUUUACCCUAGAUUGAAGAAAGCAGAUUCAAGACAACCACUGAAGUACACCAUAAAGCUUUUAGAUCGUGUCAAACCUGGAAAUGCCUUGCUUGCAUCUGAGGUUGUUGAGAGAUGCUAUCUGGCAGACUUUGUUGAAAGGAGAGAAGUUUCUACUGGUAAAUGCCAUGGGGUGUUCUUCUUCCCAAAACAGAAAGGUAACUCUGAUCCUCUCCCAGUGAUUGUUGAAUUACGAGGUCUUGGUAAUGGAGUCUUGGAAGAUCGUGCAUCACUUCUGGCAUCACAUGGUUAUGCGGUCCUCGAAAUAGACUUCAUGGCUUCAUUUGAAUCUACAACAGACUUAAAUGUCUUUUAUUUUGAUGCGCAAGCAUUCCUGGAUUUAUUUCAGUACAUUGAAAAGCACCCUCGUUUGGAUGCAUCUCGAGUGGGUCUGUUUGGUUUCUGUACUGGCAGCACAUUGGCUCUCCAAGGAAUUUGCAGAUUAAACCUUCCUCUUAGAUGUACUGUAUUCUCCAGUAUGUUUGAGUUGUUGCUUAGUGUCGUCGGAAUGAAGAUGCCUGAUGGAACAUACAUGGAUCCUCUAGGGCCUCUUGAACUAUUUACAGGAACCUACACAAAGGAUGGGUAUACAUGGUUUUACUGCAAGGACUAUGAAACUAUGAAGAAAGUUUAUGCAAACCAAAUAAAAGCUAACCUUCCUCCAAUUGAGAAUCUAUCAGUGCCUUCUCUCUUCCUCAUUGCUGAAGAUGACCAAUACCAACCAUCAAAAGAGCGCAUGUUAGAGGUUAUAUCUGCCAUGAAGAAAGCAGGAAAUGGUGAUUUGGUGGAGACGUUCCACCUAGAAGGUUCAGGACACUUAUUGGAUGCACCAUAUAUGCCUAUCUGUACACAGUCUUCUAUCAAAUUCCCUACUGUACGGCGUCCAUAUUUUACUACCUGGGGAGGUACACCACACUUGUAUGCCCACUCUAUAGAGAAAUCCUGGAGAAAAGUGAUCGAAUACUUCAACCAUCAUCUCAAACCAACACAAACAUACAGAUAAGAUAGUUGAAGCCUUAGCAUCUAAAAAAUCUAAAGGAUAUGACGGAAUCAGCACAAAACCUUCAAAACAUGUAAUAUAUAGCAUUGUCUUUCCUUUAGAACAUACCCUUAAUCUCUCUCUCUCUCUUCUGGCUGUUGUCUCAAUUUAUCAAAAAUAGCAAAAGUAGUCCCAGUUUACCAAAAAGAUGACCCGACUAAAGUUACGAAUUAUCGUUCUAUAUCACGUUUACCAUGUUUGUAAAAAAUAUUAGGCAAAUUUGUGUACAAACGAUUGGAGUGUUUUUUGUCAUUACAUAAAAUUCUUACUCCAGCCCAAUUCGGCUUUAGAAAAAAUUCUCAACCGAUUUUGCAAUAACUAAAUUACUUGACAAUGUUGUUAACUCUCUUUCAAAUACAAAUCACGUAAUCGCUUAUUUAUGGACCUAAACAAAGCCUUCGACACCAUUGACCAUAACAUUUUCUUACAUAAACUAUAUGAUUACGGAAUACAUGUAGUUGCCUGUUCAUGGAUUAAAAGUUAUCUUUCAAAUCGACAACAAUUUGUCUCUAUUAAUGAUAUUAAAUCUCCGGUGUCCUUUUUAAUUGUGGAGUACCACAAGGUUCGAUAUUGGGACCACUUCUGUUUUUAAUAUACAUGUAUACCAAUGAUGUAGUAAAUUCUUCCCAAAUUCUUUCGUUUAUUUUAUAUGCUGACGACAGCAACAUUUUUUUAUCUCACAAAAUUUAGAUGAAUUGAUUAAUAGAAUAAAUUUUUAAUUUAAAAAAAUGUUUCGUCGUGGUUUAAAUGUAACAAGUUAUUCUUAAAACAUAGGUUAAACUAAUUUUGUUCAUUUUCAAGCUACUCAUUCUCCCCAAGACAUUCUAUUGACAAUGAGCCCAUAGAUAAAAUAGAAUGUGUGAUUUUUUUUGGUAUUACAACAGACAAAUAUUUAUUAUGGAACCUAGACGUAAGCAAUAUAUCCUCAUCAAUGGCUAAAGGAACUGGAAUAUUAUACAAAUUAAAGUAUUUUUUGCCAGAGCAUU